GACAGCAUGUAUUGUGUAUGGCUUGCAUUUCUCCACGUCUUAUACAGUUCUUGUUUAUUUCUUUGAACGCCAUAAUGGAGGUUGUUGUCUGAUGUGAGAAUGCUGUGCCGGUGAGAGAACAUUCCGUCGUUGAUUCGUAUCGGAUGCAAUGACUCAUCGCCUUAACAUCCUACCUAGUCAACGAAAGUCUACAUAGCACAAGCAUGUCGGACAAACUGAAGGCGGCGUUGCAAGAGGAGUAUCCGCUCCACUGGUUGGCUUGGCAUAACGACUACGAAGCCCUAAAAACACUCCUCGAAAAGAGCGCAGAAAACAUUGAACGGCGUGACUGCCGAGGGAGGACAGCCCUCAUGCUGGCUGUCACGCUGGGCCAUCUUGAAGCAUCAAAGAUUCUUCUCAACCAUGGUGCGAACGUCAACGUGGAGAACAAUGACGGCUACACAGUGGUCCAUGAAGCAGUGAGCACAGGUGACCCUGAGCUUCUGGCAGAAGUGUUGACCCGGCGAGACCUCCAACGCUACAGCACAUCCGUCGGGGGUAUCCCUGAUCUCUUGAAGCGGAUCCGGGACACCCCGGACUUCUAUGUGGAGAUGAAGUGGGAGUUUACAAGCUGGGUACCACUUCUAUCUAGGAUGUGUCCAAGUGACACCUACAAGGUCUACAAGAGUGGAGCUAAUGUACGGAUAGACACUACUCUGCUUGGAUUUGACCAGUCUAACUGGCAGCGUGGGCGUAGGAGCUACAUAUUCAAGGGACAAGAGGAUCUUGCCCUGAUGAUGGAAGUGGACCAUGACAGCUGCCAGGUGCAUGUAGAGCAGAUGCAGGUGUUGCCACCCGAAUACGUGGAUCUGACGGGGAGCUUGCGGCCCUCACAGGAGGCCAUCUCUUCGCGCCUCACCUCUCCUGUGGUGGCCACGUACAUAGACACCGACAAGAUCAGCUUUGAAAGAAACAAGUCUGGAAUCCUUGGCUGGAAGAGUGACAAGAGUGAAACAGUCAACGGUCAUAACUGCAAAGUGUUCAGUGCGACAAAUGUGGAACUCGUGACCAAGACCAGGGUGGAGCACCUUUCAGAAGCGGACAAGGCUCGUCACAAGGCUGCACGAUCGCCAUUGCAGUCUUUCUUGGGUACAAUCGAGGUUGAAGAGGGUGCGGCUCUGGGAACGCCAAACGGGGAUUUGACAGAGUGGCGAGGCAACCCAUGCCACAUUCGUCCAGAAGAAUAUUUCAAUGCCAAAGUGGAUCUGGGAGGCCGAGAUAUUGGGCGACCCCGAGAGGCAACUGUACGCACCCAGAAGUUCCGUGCCAAUCUCUGGCUCUGUGAGGACUAUCCACUGUCUUUACCUCAGCAGAUUCUUCCAAUAGUAGACCUUAUGUCGAUCAACAGCACCCACUUUGCCAGGCUACGGGACUUCAUCACUCUCCAACUCCCUGCGGGCUUCCCAGUCAAAAUUGAGAUUCCCCUGUUUCACGUGCUCAACGCCCGAAUCACCUUCGGCAACAUAAACGCCUUCGACGAGCCUGUCCCAGGGGUGACCACUAUGCGGGAGCAGGGGACAGUGAAGUGCAAGAUCGACGAGAGCUGCUUCGAGGCCCCCAGCAGCUAUGCACGGCUCGGGGCAAAUAAAAUGCGACAGUUCAACGUCAACGACGAGGACGACGAACUCCUCCAGUAUGCCAUCGAGCAGUCAUUCGUGGAGGCUGGCGGGGAAGAGAAUCAGGUCACUGUUUGGGAGGCCCUGACAACUGACCAAACCGGAGUUGCACCAGAGCUGGAAGAGGAUCAUGCUUUGCAGAGGGCCAUCCAGGAGAGCCUAGCCAGCUACCAGAAGUCGAUCGGUGUUGCAGAUGGAGAGCUCACGGCAGGUGGUGGGGUGCAGCAGCAGGUGCAGCCGCAGGUGCAGGUGCAACCGCAGCAGCAGCAGCAGCAGCAAGACAACAGCGAGUGGGCACUGGGUGCCAGUGGUGGCGCUGACUUGGCAAUGGCACUGCGUCUCUCACAGCAGGCCAAGGAGGAGGAGGACCGGCGCCAACGAGAAGAAGAUGAGAUGCUGGAACGCAUCUUGCAGCUUUCCAUGACGGAGAAGUAGGGACAUGCCAUUUGUCACCCAUCAUCCAUGCAAGAAGCUGAGUUGUGCUGGGACUUUGGCCUGCUUUGUUGGCGACACAUUCUUUCUUGUGCCCCCCACCCCCGUGCUGGCCCUUCCCAUCUCUUUAUUCUUUUUUUCUCUGCUUUGACUGUUUCCUUCACGUGUGAGUGUGUUCUGGAAUGUGUGUUGAGAUAAAUUAAGAAAAACCUCAUUUUGUUUGUUCUGUAAAAGCCCAAAGGUGUUUGAAUGCAAACGGAUCGGCUACAUCCAGGGCAGUGCCUUUGAUGCCUGUUCGCUUGCUUCCAGUGUUGAAGGAAGUGCUAACUUUAUUACAAAAGUGUCGUUAAAUGCACAGAACUGGGAUGUGCACAAAGCUUGCAGAACAAAAGGGAGAAGUGGCUUCAAAGUGGACAACAAUUUAGUGAGUUACCGAACUGUGCCCCUUGCAACUUAACCAACUUCCCCAGGAAUCUCCUUUCAAAUUGUAACAUAUUUAUGGUUCCACAUAAUCUACAGCACUGAGCACAAGCCAUGCUGAUGCCGUUGCGUGGAAGCAUUGUACAAAAGCAUUGUGCCUCAAAACUUGCUCAUUAAGGCAAGGAAGGAACAGUGCCAACUAAAAGAAGUUGACACCAGAACAUAUUUCAACCAUCCCUGAUAGACAAGUAGAGACUAGCUCGCUUUUUCCUCUGGAUCUCACAUCCUUGUGCAUUAACAGGGUUGUGCUGUGUGUAUUGUUUGCAGCCAGAAACAAGGAAAUAGUUGAAAAGUCCAAUUUAUGAACAGUGACAUAGAGUGGUUUCUUUAGGAGGAAGACCAAGGGCUGUUGCUUUCUGAUUGAGGAACAAGAAAGUUUGUGAGCAUAAAUUGGCUUUGCUGUGACAGUAAGCUGAAGAAUGAGCAGCUUUGCUAAAACUUCCCAAGCACAGAGGCAGCAGUGUAGAACUUGAUACACUGCUUUUGUAAUCAUAAGUACUAGUUUUUUUUUUCUUUACUUCUCAUUCAUGUUUGCCUGUAAAAUGGAAAGCAAAGAAUAUUCCUGUUGUUGUAUUUGCUUACUCCUUGCACAGCAAAGGUGUAGCAGUUGUUCGAUUUAAAUCGCGGCACAACAUUUUUGCAUUGCUGUAGUUAUUCAAGGGCUUUGGCCUGUGAGUGUGCUGACAUGAAUGGUCCAGUUUUCUUAAUAAUUUGCAGCUUUAUUCCUUCGAUAUAAUGCUUAUUGCCCUCACAACAGAUUUCCUCCUCGUUGUGCAUCGAAAGAGCUGCUGCAUUUUUUACUCGGCAUGUUUCCAAGCUUCUAGCACUGGCUUUAGUGCAGGAAUUCUGUGUUGGCAAUGCAACUUUCAGUCUUUGUAGACCAGCAAGAAUGUGCUUGCUAAGACAGCAAAGCAGUACAAAGUAGACCGCUUUCCCAGCCAUAUUGGAAACUUCCACACCCAUGCCACAUCAUCGGAGGCAAUACAAUGUGGGCAUGGUCUGUCUUGGUUGCUGUUUAAGGCAGGGGUCUAAGACGGGCAAUCUGUAAGCCAAACCCUGGUGACCCUUCAAAGUGUUGGAUCCCCUUCCUCUAACUUGUGUAAGCCCUGCGCAAAUUCCCUCACCUGUUACUUGGACAUGUCGCUGCAUAACCCACAUGUAGCUGCAUGUAAUUUGUGCCGCCUGAUGCCUAGUGCAAGUUUGAGACCCCUGCUUUUAGGGUUUCACGGCGGCAAGCUGCCGCCGUGAAACAUCAGAGCUUGCUGUGAGAGCUGGUUGGUUGUCUUUGUUGCUGCAACCUCCUUUAGAAGGAGGCUUUAGUAGCAAACUCCCGUAGCACCACCAACUGACAGCGAUUCUGUGCCUGUUUAAGAUGUUGGAUAUGCUUGCUUUCGGAAUGAAAGAGAAAGCGCCAGGUGAAGCAGCGCAAGUUAUUUGUGCGCUUGUUGCGGUGUGCAGUUAUCAUGCAACGUUUAGAGACUACUGUUUCACUACCAUGUAAUGCACAAAGAUUGCAAGUGCUUAAAGCUGUAGCGCUGCCAUGCAGAGGCGACUGCUUUGAAGGAACUGCAUUAGGAGCUACGAUGACAGCACAGCAGCUACACCACUUUCUCUCACCUGAUUUACUUUUCUUCGUUUGCUGCUAUGUAUUUCACUUGGUUAAAUAACUUGUGCUUUCUGUUCUCUUACAAAUGUCCAUUCAUCACAAUAUCAAGAGCUGAUAAAUGCUUUGCACUUGAAGGCUGCUGUGAAUUGUGGCAUCGACCUGUGGUUUCCAUGGCUGCUAAUGUGACAGUGUGCAGGCUAUUUGUGAGAUUUUUCUCUAUGACACAAACCAUACCGAGACUUUAAGUAUUAGCCAGUCAGUAAUGGAAAAUGCAUACCCUCCCCUCUGUACUCCCCAUAUGAGUGAGUUACUAGUGUAAACACCGUUGAUGACGAAAAGAAAAUUUUGUGUUGCCGCUCCUGUCUGAAACGUCAGCGUUGCAGUAGUGCAGUUUAGGGGGCAUGUGCUGCGUGCAUGUGCGAUUUGCCGAUGAGAAGGUCACGAGCAAAGCUCUCAUCGGAGUUUGUCCCAUCACUAGAUGGCAGUGACGUACAGUACAGUCACGAACAGAAAUUUUCGAAACAGAUAGGGGCAGAGGCGUAGUGCUGCACUGGUUACCAACAGUUCACCUCAUGUUGACGCUGUGGAAAAUGUCAUGCAUGCUCUAUUGAGCUGGCAGACAGGUCUCUUCUCUUGCUUUCUUGUGAUGUGAUGGCUCUCUUGGGCAGCAGCCACAUGUAGUGCACUUCCGACACAUUUUUAAUGUGAUGUCACCAGGUGCUAAUGUGCCCAUUUCAUACUGUGUGGUGAUUGCACAGUUAUCGUGGCUGCAAUGGGGUCCACUUGGUUGCAAGUGGAUAGAUACCCUGUGGCAUGCAUUUCAGUUGGUGUAACAUGGUUAUCCCACUGUGUAAAACAGAUAUGCCUGCACCAGGUGGCAUCUUGUCCACAAUACAUAAGAACUGCUGCUAUAGAAUUCUAUAAUUCUGCUUUAGAAUGACUAGCAUGAUGGGGCCUGUGACCAAACAUAAUUCUGCCUUUGUCCCAUUUAAGCUAGUCAUCAUGGUGUCCACCAAGGCAGUAGGUUGCUUUGCGUUUCUCUUGCAUGUGUCACAUUGGGGAAAAGCAAGAAAACAGACGUGUCCUUUCAACAUAACAGAGGAGUGUGUGCGCUGUUUUUGAUUCGUCAAACAGUACAAGCCUGCAUAAAUGCAAUGAGAGUUCUUUUCGUCUAAUUAUUAUUUUGAGAAGGCACCUUGUGUGAUAUUUGGAAUGGUGUUCUCCCAGUUUCAUGCUUUAUAUCGCUGCAAGCUUAAUGGCCAGGUGACUGAGCAGUACAGGAAAGACAAGCUGUUGACGUCCUAGGGAGAAUGCACAUGUUUGGAAGGGAGUAAGCACGGGUCUGUAAUGAAAGGAGAGCACACUUUGUGAGCGAGGAAGCAACACUGCAAGCGAUCUAACAGCCUAGCCGUGCAGUCUGGUAUUGCAGUGAACGCUUGUGCCACAUCUGCCACAUUGAUUCAGCACAUCUCAUUGUGGUUUGAUUAUACUUCAGCAGAGCGCAAUGCGUGAUUUGUUAGAAUACUGCAUGCCUUCACAGGCUCAAACCUAUGUGGAGGUGAUCCUGCACUACUGCACAUAUUAUUACUGUAGCAAAUCACGCAUAAUUCUGUGCCGAAAUGUUCUAUUACAAGCCCACGACCUUGGUUGCAUUAUGCAUUGCGAGUUUGCGUUCUAAUUGCAAUAUUUUUUGGUUGGUUGGUUGGUUAUUGUUGUAUUUUUAAUUUUAAUCUUCCGAGCCAUUGAAAUUUGCCUCUUGCUUCUGCAAGGUUGACAUUUGGGCUUGUUAAUAAACAAGGACGAGAGUACCUAAGUGUGCCACGAGUUGUAAGUGCUUGUGGUGGGGUUACCUUCCUUAGUGCUUGUUUGUCGCGCGAGUGGUGUGCACAUCUUGCAUUAUAUUUGUAGUUGCAUUAUGUGUGUGCAUUUAUGGCAACACAGUGAUGCGCCUCAGUCACUGCUCAAGUGUACUGGGCUCUUUUGUCUGUGGUAGCACAACACUGCUUACAACACUGGCCGUUGCUUCAGUAGAGGGCACAAAUAGCAGCUUUCUCAAUAUACAUAGAAGUGUUCUCCUUUUAUAUGGCAGCAUAUGUUAGUGCAUUUUGUUGUGCUGUAGUUUAUAUAUUCGGCAUUCUGCACCUUAUUUUUGUUACCUUAAAAUACAGAUGGUUUGCAAAAAAAAAAAAGAAAAAAAGAAAUAAUAAUAAUAAUUAAGUGUCAAAAUGUAUCUAUGGCAGGCCUUUUCUAGUUUCAUAUUGGGAAUGCAAUGUGAAAUAAACAUUGCUCUGUGAUACCACUUUCCCAAAGGGCACAGUAUUAGUAAGGCAUAAUGCGAUAACUUAGUACAGUUUCUAUAUUGCACCUUGGAUCACUAGCCAAGUGUUUCACAGAGCAGAAUAGGUUGUUUUAAAAACUUGAACUAAAUGUUUCAGUCUUGUGGUUCUUUAAGCUUGGUUCUUGUGUGUUAGAUUAUGCUUAAUUCUGCUGCCUGUUUCAUGCAGUCUGGUAUAGCAACCAUUGUUUUUUUCUUCUUCGUAUAGUGUAUAAAACCAUCUUAUUUUCCUGCUUAUGUAGACACGUUUCCAUGUUUCAAUUCCUGAUAGCACGUGUGAACACUUAUCCAGAGUAUUUUUUUUUUUUUUAUGUGCACGUUUCUGUCGUGGACAGAAAGCUUCGUGGACUACAGUUGUCCACGAAGGAGUGAUAUAAAGAAACUUGUGGCUGUAGAUUCUUGCAGUCAGGGUGUGAGGUGUCACAAUAAUUUUCUUUAUAACUGCGGGCCACCACUGGCUGAGCUAGCACAUACAUCUGGGAAAUGCAUGACUCUUAGUGACUGCAGAUUUUGUCAUAAAAGAAGUGUGCCACACUGCCGCAUAACACGCUGCAUUGUCGUUAGCGUAAUGGCUUGUGAGGAGCACUGUACAGUGAAAAGGCAUCUGUUCUCGGAAGUUGGAACUCCUGUGGAGUUGUUGUGCAAGAUAUGCAAUGAGAGAUCUCUCUCUUUUCGAAAAGAAUUAAGGUGGCCAAGCACGUUAUGACUCUUCGUUUUCAGAGAUCUCUUCAAUAUUAUAAGGACAUGAUAUAAACUGAGAGCCAUUCAUCUGUGAAAUAGCCUGGUCAGAUAAGGGUGACAUCACUUGCGCAACCAUUGUUUUGAUCGGCAGGGCACAGCUAUGUGCAACUGCUUAUGUUGCACACAAUUGAGGAUAGGUGCCAAAAAUGGGUUAGGUAUUCCAUUUUCCUUGAGAACAAAAUCGCCUUAUUGCUUUGUAAGAUAAAAAUGUCUAGUCUGCCUAUUAUUACCGGCACUUUCAGGAACUGAAGCAUAGCAUCUGUCAGUAUUGUGCGAGAAGAAAACAUGUGGCUAAGGACACUUUUGUAAUAUUGACUACACCAAGUUGCAGAACAGUGGCCACUUAGUUUAUUAUUGGUAAGCUGCACCAUGUAUCAACACUUAUAUGUAAAACUUUUUACCUUCGUUGCUAUUACUAGUACUACUGAUUUACCACGACUUGAUCUUUUUUUCUCGUCUGACUUUUUAACAGCGGAGCUGUUUAUGUCGAGCGUAAUCUGUCUGAUGUCAACAGAAAAUGUGGGCCGAUCCUGGCGGCAGUGCAGAAAGGGUCCAAGCGCAAUGGCACAUACCCCUGAGAACUAGCGAAGCCAAGCCUGGCUAAGUCUAGCUAAGCAUGGUUGGGACUACUUAAGCUUAGUCAAUCAUUGAUAUCCAAUCAAUAGCUAAUUGAUAAUCAAUCAAUAAAUCAAUCAAUAAAUUCCAGAAAAUGCUGGGGAUGACUUUGAUAUGCUUAGCCUAGCCCGAAGACAUAGCCAAUACCUUGCGAUAGCCAAUCAAUAGCUAAUCGAUCAAUAAUCAAUAAAUUCUGAGAAAUGCUGGGGAUGACUUGGUAGUGCUUAGUCUAGACCAAAAGCCAGGACUAGCUAGGUGCCCAUCAGCUCCGCUGUCACUUUAGCAUUGCACCUCCAGUGCAAGCUAUGCUAAUUUUUUCUCCCUUGACUUUUCAUUUGCUUUAAAUAAGCUGUCACUGAAUAUACUGCUGCAGGCAGACCUAAUGGCAGAGCAAUUAGCAAAGCGAAUUGGGUUGGGUGUGAAUUUUAUCCUCCCUUGUGAACAUCCUUAAUGCCUUUGAAUGCAUACUUGUAGAAGCUUUCUGUGCUUCACCAUUACUGUUGUCAUUUUUUUUUUUCUAGCUUUGUUACUCUUUGGGACUUACAGGAACCUGCUGCUGAGAAUGUUAAGUUUCCAGAAUAAUUGAGCAGGUUGAAUUCGGUGUUGGCUAAGGUCUGGCUUCCCUCAUGUGAAGUUUCACAUUAAAGGGACACUAAAGAAAAAUAUUGACCAACGCUAGAUGUGUAAAUUGCACAUUGAGGAUAGCAGGAGUGCAAAGUCACUCACUAAAGAGGGGCAUUGUCCCCCCCCCCCUUUCCCCCCUUUUGGGUGGUAUUGCUUACACAGAUAGAUAUGUCAGUCCAUCUUAAGCAGAGGCUUAACCUCUCCUAGCCUGUUGUAAGGCUUCGCAGCGCACCGAAUCUGAGCCCAUAAGUCGAAACGGGACGCUUACAGGGACACUAAAGAGAAAAAUUAUUUGAGCUGUGUUAGUAAACUAUCCUUCCGCUAUACCAAAACAGCGACUCUCACUUCAAGAAAACGCUUGGUUAGCCAGAAAACACGUAAAAACGAAAGACGGGUGGUGAAGUCGCCUUGAAUUUCCUGUACCAGCUCGCUGUGACGUCAUAAAUUUUUGACAUUGUCUCCUUGAGCCUAGUGAAGGUUUUAUUGAUAAAAAUGAAUGUCGUAUUUUAAAAGAGCCAAAGAAGGAACUUAGGAAGUUUCACAAACUGCUACUGAACCACAUCGGCCAAAAUGUGAAAAAUUAUUUUUCAUCCGUGAUGUCACACUGACAUACUGACCGUGAGGGUUUUGACGCGAAAUUUAAAAAUGAAGCUUUGGACAGUCAAUUUCUCUUCUAAUAAUUAACCUAUUACCACGAAAUCAAAGAAACGAGAGUUCUUUAAAGAUACUUUAUCAAUCUAAACUCAUUCGGUAUUUCUCUUUAGUGUCUCUAUUAGUGUUUCUCUUGCUUAAUGCGAGGGAAAUCUUUAUUUUUACAUCAUGUAUGGUCAGCCAGCAAAAUCUCUGAGGGGAAAUCAUGCGCGCCUCUGUACCAUUGAGCAGAGGGAAGUGGAUAGUUUUGGGCGGAUAUUUGACUCCAAAAGUAUUGCAUUGUGCAUGGGGCUUCCCGUAGAGUUUGUCACAAUAUUACUUAGAGGGAAAACUAGUGCUGUGAUGCUGUUGUAUGCAUUGGAAUGCCAGGAUAUGGUGCCUUUGGAUUGGCAUCGUUCUCGAAAAGCCAGGGCACCUUGGAGGCACGCCUGGCCAGCACCGUUCCGUCUGGCACAGUGGUUCAUUUUCUAUUAAAACAGCACGUCAAAAGCAGUUUUGAUUUUAUUAUCACACAACAACGUGUUUUAUUCAAUCGCGAGAGCUUGUACUCAGAUGAAAACACGACAAGGGCCACGCUCGCUUUUUGCUGCAGUUUGUAGUCUGUUCUUGCUUUUUUUCACCUGAUUAGGCACUGCAGGUGAGUAAACUUCAUUGAAAUGUGUAAUACAGAUGAAUGAAUACCUUUCAUGAAGAUUUUAUUUUAAGAAUGCGUUAUCUGUGCAGCCACAUCCACGUUUUAGGCGAAGCCUCACUCAACAUCAGCCAAUACAAGCCUUGCACACCUAUAUACUGCCAUUCCCAUGACUGCACACUGCCCGUUAGGAAACUCCCGUAAACAGUGGCAUGCAAUUUCCCUCUAGGUAAUACUGUGAGAAACUCCAUGGUGCUUCCAAUGAGCAUGAGCCAUUCAGGUGCAUAAAUUGAUGCCGCCAUCUCUACAAUACCGGCUGUUUUACGGACUGCCACAAGAUGCGAGAUGGUUCAUCUGCAUAAGUUUGUUGAGUGUGAGAACAUGCGAAUAUAUGGGCAUUGUUUUGUUCUAGAUGCCGAUUUCAGUUUUGUUUAACCCCUUAAGUGUUUUGGACGGGCUCAGCUCGUCAGCGGCAAUAAUCUCGUUUUCAAAUCGAUUUGGACGAACUCAGCACGUCCACUUUGUUUUUCUUCUACUAAUAGACAGCUGCAGUGCCAGUUUUUGAAGUCCACAGUUAUUUCGCUCUUUUUUGUUCUACUACAUGGAUGUCAAAACUACUUCAGCCGGGUUGAUUCAGUCUUCACGUUCUACAACAUACAUGGCAGCCAUUUUGUCAGUGCUGGAGGGGAACUUUCAUUGUGGUCUUCAUUUUCUACCACAUAGAUGGCAGCACUUUGUCAGCACUAAAACACUCGUUUUUGGAAUUGCACGCUUACUGCUCUGUUUUCCCACUUUCUAACUGUACCGUCUGGAGCAAUGAAAAGUACAUAUAUAUAUGUACAUAUAUAUAUGUACUUUGCUUAGUGAAAAGGUAAAAUAAGGUUUUCACUCUUAACACAUCAAUUGGUUAAAAAAGCUUUAGAGGGGUUUUUGAUGAAGUGAAGUUUAAAAUGAGCCAUAAAAUAAAAAAAACAAUAAAUACAAACUAAGAUCACCUUUGGUCAAAAUAAUAAAACACUUAAGGGAUUAAGCAAGUCUACGAAUCUCACCCAUGGAGGAAAUGGUGUGAAAAUAAUUGUGAAUAUUACCUCACAUACAAGUAGUAUUUAACUGCAAUUCAAAUGUUUUUCUUCUAGCAAAAAAAAAAAUAUAUAUAUAUAUAUAUAUAUAUAUAUUCAGGCUAUAAGAGGUUAACCAGCCAGAAAUGCAAAAGAAUAAAGGCAGGUUUCAAUGUCUUCUUGAAAUAUCUGUUUUAUCCCCAGCAAUGUUGGCAGUUUUGACAGCAUCUGCUUCAGGCCAGUUAAUUGUUUAUUCAAUAAACAGUGAUUACAUAGCAUUCAAAAGUAAGCAAAGGUUCAGCCUGACAAUGUAUGGGCUCUUUUUCAUCAAAGUGACCCAAAUGCAUGUAGUGGUGCCAUCAGGAGUCAAUUAAAACACCACGGUUUGUGCAUAGAAUUAAGAAAUUGAGGUUGGGGCUUUAAUAUCUUUUGAUGCUGAGAAAAUGCAAAUAGAGCUUUGAAAGAACUUCAUUCCUCUCUUUAGUGUCUCUUUAAUGCUGCUAAGACAGGUUGAGUUGUGUUGCUGGUCGUGGCCUCUAAGCUGCCGAGUUAGGCAGCAUUGUUUAGUUCUUAAUGCUCGUAUGCACAUAUUUUAGCUUUCGUGUAGAGCACAUGGUGAGGUGCGUGCACUGCUGUUCAUUUGCACACUGACAUAUUCCUAAGAGCUAUUCGCUCUGCUUACUUUCCACGUGUCUAUGUGAGUGCAAGUACUUGGGUGAUUUGCCAGUGAUUUGAAAACAUGUUAAUUUCUCAUGUUGGUUGUGCCUGUGACGACUCUAGUGAUGGUCAUGUCAAAGUAAAUGGUGGCGGUGGUGAGAUGUUUCUUUUCUUUUAUUUCACGGUACAUUGCAGUAUAUUGAAGCGCAAAACAAUCUAAAUCGCCUUUCCUGCUAUUUUUCCCUGUCUCUCUCUUCUUGUUCUUCUUUUUAGGGACAGUGCCCUUAUGGCUGAUGUAUCCUUAAAGAAAACAUUGGAACAGUGGGAGCUUUAUUGAAGGCUAUUGUGUGACAUGUUACGCUUGGUAAUGAUCAGUGUACAUUUGUAUUGUUCACAGCUACUUCACUUUGUAUAGAGCUGGCAUCUCCUGUGUAGUAAUUCUUGAGAGUUCUUUUAUCAGGGUAUAUAUAUAUAUAUAUAUGUGCGUGUGUGUGUAUGUCUUGUAUUUAUUAGACCAUUGUCUUGUGUUGAAAUGGUACUGGCUUAAAAGAGCCCAUUACUGCACUUACCUCAAAAACUAGAUACAUUCCUUACUUCAGCAUACAGUCCUGCUUGUUUCCUGUGAACAUAUCAAAAAGAAGUGACCGAGUGAGAAUUUUGUCAGUGAGGCUGAAGCUGGGGGCAGGAAAGAAUUGAAAGAAAGGUACAAGCGAAGUUUAUCCAGAAGUAUAGCUUUGUUUAUUUUCCCGCUUUGUUUUGCCUAUGCUAAAUUUCAAAGCAUUAUUGUACUAAGUGCGAAUGAUGGGAAUAAAGUGACGAAGCAACUUGA